AUGAAGCAAGGCCAGUACCCUAGCUGUGUCUAUUCUGGGACUGAAGAGCAAUGGAAAGAGGAAUGCAGAAAACAGGACAUUGUUGGUGAUUCUGCAUCAGGGCAAUGCGAGAAGGAGAAGGGUAGCAGCUCCAAGAAGAAGAAGAAGAAGAAGGGCAAAAAGGGUGGCAGCAGCUCUGACAGCAGCUCUGACAGCGACUAG